AUGGAACGCCACCUCCAGAACGUGGCCAACUACCUCAUCCUCUCGCUGGCGAUCGCCGACCUCCUGGUAGCCAUCCUGGUCAUGCCGCUGUCUGCGCUCUACGAGAUCUCUGGUCAGUGGACGCUCGGUUCUGUUCUCUGCGAUAUCUGGACAUCCACAGACGUACUCUGCUGCACUUCUUCGAUUCUGCAUUUAGUCGCCAUAGCACUAGACAGGUAA